GUUGGGUGUAGAGACAAAAUGUUGCUGAGUCUGCAGCUGCUGCUCCUACUGACUCUGACUAUAAGAACAGAUGGAUAUUACUUUUACACGAGAUAUGAAUGUUCCUCCAGUUCAUCAGAUCUGACAGAUGCGGAAUACAUUGAAACCUAUCAUUUCAAUAAGGAUCCAUUCUUACGGUUUAACAGCACGGUGGGGGAGUAUGUUGGAUACACUGAGCUCGGAGUGAAGAACGCAGAGCGCUGGAAUAAAGGAUCUGACGUACAGCAGGCGAGAGGCGAGCUGGAGAGAUACUGCAAAAACAACCUGCCAAUGUUAUUCUCUAACAUUCUGGAGAAAACAGUGAAGCCGAGGAUCAAACUCGUGGCAGAACAGCAGGCCAGUGGUGGUCAUCCAGCCAUGCUGAUGUGCAGUGCGUACGACUUCUACCCCCCAGUCAUCGAUGUGUACUGGCUGAGAAACGGUGAAAAGGUGACCAGUGAUGUGACCGCCACUGAGGAGAUGGCUGAUGGAGACUGGUACUACCAGAUCCACUCCCACCUGGAGUACACGCCCACAUCUGGAGAGAAGAUCUCCUGUGUGGUGGAGCACGCCAGCUCCAAGGAGCCCAUCAUCAUUGAGUGGGAUGGCUUUCUUCCUGAGUCUGAGAGGAACAAGAUCGCUAUCGGAGCUUCAGGGCUGGUGUUGGGGAUCAUCCUGUCAGCUGCUGGAUUCCUCUACUACAAGAAGAAGUCCUCAGGCCGGAUCCUGGUGCCCAGUUAAGCUCUGGUCUUUGUGGUGUUGAGGACUCGCCUUUACUCUCAGGUGGUGAAGCAGCAGAAACUACAACAGAUUUUGUCGUCUGCAUUCUUUAUAGAAAACAUUUAAACAGCUGUUUUAUUUCUAAGAAUCUUCACUAAAAGCACAAGCUUGAUUGUUUUCUUCUUAUGAGUUUUUCUGUAUUAUUAAUGAUGAGAGGAGCUAUUAGAAAUAUUCUUUACUGCACAAAUUUCUGUGAGGACAUGAAAACUGAUUUUACAUUGAUCUAUUACAGGAUUAGUAAAAACAUUUAUAGACCAUC